AUGGUCAUGUGUGGUGGUCAAACAUGGAUCGUGAGUAAGAAGAUGCAGUUAAAAAGUGUCAGCAAUGCCAACUGCACCAGAAGGCCCCAGCAGAAGCACCUCUCCACCCAUGGGAGUGGCCCAGUCAACCCCGGUCAUGGGUGCACGUUGAUUAUGCAGGGCCCUAUAAGGGUCACGUAUUCAAUGAUGAUCAAUGCACAUUCCAAAUGGAUGGGUGUCCACAUAAUGCAAAGUACAGCAUCAGCCACCACCAUAGUGAAGUUGAGAGAAAUCUUCGCAACCCAUGGUCUCCCGGAAACCAUUGUCAGCGACAAUGGUCCCAAUUUCACAAGUGCAGAAUUAGAGAAUUUCCUCUCAAAAAAUGGCAUCAAACACACCAAAGUAUCACCAUACCAUCCAGCUUCGAAUGGACAGGUGGAGCAAGCAGUCAGAGUCUUCAAAGAAGGGAUAAAGAAGAUGGAAGAGGGAACCAUGCAAGACAAGUUGUCACGUUUUCUGCUCAAGUACAGAACAACACCACACACAACAACAGGGGUUACACCAACGGAACUGCUGAUGAAGAGAAAGCUGAGAACUAAGCUUGACCUCAUAGUGCCCAACACUGCAAGUCUGGUGAGACAGAAGCAAGAACAUCAAAAACAGACCCACGACCACCAUGCCAAACACAGGGACUUUGAAGCCAGUGAGCCUGUGUUCAUAAAGGACUUCAGUUCCCCCAAGUCCUGGCAAAAAGGAACUGUGGUGCAGAUGACGGGCCCAGUCUCAGCCCUAGUCAAAUUACCGGAUGGUCGAGUUGUUCAACGACAUCAGGACCGUAUGCGGAAGAGCCACAGCCAAGACCCAACAAAGUCAAAUCCUGAGAUUUUGGUACCAGGAGUGGUGCUGGAGGCAGAUUGCACAACAGACACAACCCAACCGAGUAGCCCAACCAAGCCAGUCGUGAGUUUGUCUGAUGCACAAAAGGCUAAACCAUCACACCCAGUCCGCGACCGACGUUUACCCGAAUGUUUCAAAGACUAUGAACUUUAA